GGGGCCGCCGUCGGUUCAACCCUGUCCUUCGAAACGAGUAGGGUUUUGGAGAGCGGAGAGAAGUUUGAUCGCUCCGCGACCCAAAGCAAAGGUUGAACAAUGGCUUUUACCAAUAGAAUUGGUAAUUUGUUGAAGAAUUCAAUGACUUCCGGAUCAUCACUUUUUCAAGCAACAAGAUGCAUGUCUUCCUCAAAAGUUUUUGUUGGAGGACUUUCAUAUGGAACUGAUGAUCAAAGUCUGAGAGAAGCAUUUACUAGUUAUGGUGAAGUGGUAGAAGCUAGAGUUAUCAUGGAUAGGGAAACUGGGAGGUCCAGGGGGUUUGGAUUUGUUACAUUUACAUCUAAUGAAGAAGCCUCUUCUGCGAUUGGUGGCAUGGAUGGGAAGGAUCUUCAUGGACGGAUGGUAAGAGUUAACUAUGCUACUGAUAGAACGGGUGGGGGUGGCUAUGGUGGUGGCGGCAGCGGCUAUGGUGGAGGUGGCUAUGGUGGUGGUGGCGGCGGCUAUGGUGGUGGCGGCGGCGGCGGCUUUGGUGGAGGUGGCUAUAGUGGCGACGGCGGCUAUGGUGGAGGUGGCUACGGUGGUGGUGGUGGUGGUGGUUAUGGAUAUGGAGGUAAUAAUGCUGGAAAUAAUUUAGGUGCUGUUGCAGGUAGUGGUAAUGGCUACGGUAGCAGCAGCAGCAGAAAUUUUGACAGCAGUGCGAGUGGUGGCUUUGAAAGCAAUCAAUACAGCACCAACUUCAGCAACAAUCAAAAAGGGUCCUGGGAUAGUUCCCGUGAUUACGAUGAUGAGGAGCCUAAUGACUAUGCCAAUAAACAAGGCUAAUCAAGCAACAUGGAUUUAUAUUUUUCUAUACCGAACUUCAAUGUCUAAUAAAUAUCAACUUAUUGCCGAUGAUGGGACAUGUUUAUUUCUUUCACCUAUUUGUUUAAUAGUUGUCUGUUGGUUUCAAGGUUUACCCAAAACCAGAUUCUUCCACUCUUUAAUAGUUGCCGAUAAUGUUUUACUCGCU